CAACAAACUCUAAACUCUUCUGUUGAUACAACAACAAUUAAUCUACGGAAGACCUUUUAAUACAAAAUAUAGUAGUAAUUUAAAAAAUUAUACAACAACAAUAAUAAUAUAGAAAAUGAUGAAUUCAUUGAUCCGAAAGAGUACACUCUUGAAUACUAGAAAGGUUGCUUCUGUCAUGUUCCUCGGAGCAAAGAGAGGAUUUCAUUCAUCCAUGAUGAGUAGACAAACUGAUCCAAAUCAAUAUGUUCAAUUUGAUGAAUUGGAUGUUACUGAUUGCAUCAAAAUGUUGGCUAGUAAUUCAAACUUUAAUCCUUCAGAUAUUCACGAAAUGGAUUUGAAACUUUCGGAAGAAAAGAGUGGAUUCACACCAAUGACUCACAAGACCAUUGGUGUCAUUACAAUCAAUAGACCAGAAAAGAUGAAUUCUCUUUGUCCUGAAACUGCUGUUCAAUUCAAAGCAUUGAUGGAAAGUUCAAGAAUUACAAAUAAUAACAGAUUGGCAGCUAUUAUUUUGACAGGUGCUCCACCAGCUCCUGAUUCCGAAGGUAAAAUGAAUCAUCCUGCAUUCUCUGCUGGAGGUGAUUAUGAUUUCCUUUUAGAAAGAAUUGAUGAUACUCCAUUCAAUAAUGCCAACAGAAUGAGUCAAUUCUAUGACAGCUUCUUGUCACCAUUGCUUAGAAUUUGUCCUGUUCCAACCAUUGCCUGUAUGUCUGGUCAUGCUGUUGGUGCUGGUCUCGGUAUUGCUUGUGCCACUGAUAUUAGAGUUAUGGAAGCUACUGCUAAAAUGUCAUUCAACUUUGUAAAAAUUGGUUUGUCACCUGGUAUGGGUUCAUCACUUUUAUUGCCAUACUUGGUUGGUCACCAAGUUGCUUCAUACAUGCUCUUGACUGGUGACUUGAUUACUGCUCAAAAAGCUAAGGAAUAUGGAGUUGUUUUGGAUGUUAUGGAAGGUGCUACUGCUUGCAGACAUCGUUCAUUUGAAAUUGCUGUACAAAUUGCUAAGAGUUCACACAUUGCCUCUCGUUUGUGCUUGCACGCUUUGCGUGUUCAAAAGAUUGCUGGUAUCACUGCUUGUAUGUACAGAGAAUCAGAUGCUCAAGUUCAAAGCUUUGCUGACGAAGAAAUGAAAUCUCUCAUUAUGGAAAUGAAAGACAAGGAAGAACGUCGUAAGGCCAAAAAACAACAAGAAAAAGAAGAAAAACUUAGACUUGCCAAAGAAGCCGCUGCUGCUGCUCAACAAUAGUUUAAUAAAUUCAAAAAUUAAAAUC